GCUUUUUCAAUACUACAAAAGGUGACAUUGUCUUUUUCAUGACAUCAUAUACCGGCAUAAAUAUGAAUGUUUAUGGAUAAAGUCAGAAAUGAUGCGCGCAUGCAAGCGUGAAUAAAACUCAAUCGGCUUACACAUACACACACGCAAUGUCCCGAUGAUCUGCCCUCUUUACCAUCUAUGUACUUUUAAGAGCUAAAGUGAAUUGGCAGGGGUAAAACUUCAUUCUUUUCCUAUUUGUCUGCCAUUUUUACUAACCUGCGCACAUUUUACGGCUUUAUCAGCAUUAUUAUUACUAUUAUUAUUGUUUUAUGCUUAUCACUCCAGCCUCUUAUGACGGGCCCAGAGAGCAAAAACGGACUAAAUUAUCACAAAACGCAAUAAUGUGAUAAAAGGCAUUUUUCUUGCCAUAUGGCUACCACUCAUAAAUGCGGCAGAAUGCUUACGAGGGGUGAUAUUGCGUUUUUUUUUGCCAGCCUCAUAUUUGUGGAACAACCAACCACAUGCUAAAUGGUUACGGUUUACAAACGCUCCUGGGAAAACAUGCAUUGAAUCUAUCAUAUGAGGAAAGCUACAUUCUUCGGGAUCUCUUUCCCCACUAGAUUUCCACUUUUCUUCUCUACGCACCCACAAUGAAGGGAACUUGGCGUCUCUUGAGAGAUGCCAGUACGCGAAUGGUGGGAGUGAUGGUAGGAAUUACUGCAUUCUCUACCUAGAUUUAUUCCUUUCUGUAACUUAUGGGUAGUUUAAGUUCACUUUCUCUCUCCAUUCUGUGAUCAGAACAGAGGAUGGCUAAGCUUUCUGCCUAAAGCAGAUUUGCUUUUCUUUAACAGCUGAGUUCUCGGAUCCGCUUUACUCGUUGUGGAGGUGGCUUUUACUCUCCUCUCUAUGCACAUAUCCUGAUGCAUUAAAUGUUGGUUGGAGUCCGUAUGACUCUUGCUACACCGAGUAUUCGAAAUUUGCUUAAACUUGGACAGAAAAAAUGUUGAGGCGAUGCUAACCGAUAUUCUUCCCUACAACUUUUAUGGUACCACUGUGUAUCUUCUAAUCCCAUUUUCAAUAUUCAUUAAUUUAUAAAAAUCACAAUGUGUCCUAAUUCAAUCCUUGAUUUCCUUCUUUCUAUUUUUUUUUCCAAAGUUAAACAAAAAGGCCCCUCUCACUCAGUUCUAUACAAGUUCAACUAGUUUAAGUAUAACUGAGUUUCUGAACAAUUUUUUUUGUUUUUUUGUUGCUUUUUUCAAGGGCUAUAUCAAUCACGCGUCUAAAAACGCGGUGCAACGGCAGAUACGCUGUCAGGAAAGGUCCUACAUACUCGAAAUUGGUCGAUAUAUCCAGUGUCUUCUUGCUUCUGUUUAUUUAUUGAUUUCAGAAGAAACGCAAGCUCUGCGUUUUGAUCGUUUCACUGCUUGCUUCCUUUAAGUUAUAUCACUACCAUAUUUUAUUUAUCCUACUAUAAAAAGGAGAGGGAAAGAUUGGCAAACAGGGUAUCAGCGAAAUCCCCGGAUUGUUUAUUACCCAUCCGUAUACGAAGAAAAAUUCGUCCCCACAGACUAAACAAAAGAAGAGGAGACAGGAUAUUGUUGUGAGGCUCAUCUGGAGUCGUCUUUCGCGAGGGAGCAAUCGAGGAUGUCGUCGAUGGUCCCGUCACGCGGUCCCCAGGAUCCGUUUUUCCCCUUCUCGAAGCUGCUCGCGACGCCGCAGCUGAGAACCUACACGGAGCCUCUCCCCGCCGCGGCGGACGCCGUGUUCGACGUUUUUUCCAUCCAAGCCGAUCCCAGCCUCAGCCCCCAUUCCCGCCCCUUUUCCUCCAACCGCAGCCGAAGUGGGGUUGGGGGCUCCCGGGGCACCCCCGCGCCUGAGCCCCCUUCCACCUUCUCCAGCUGGGAGCUUUUUGGGGAAAGCCUGGAGGUCUUUUCAAACCCCUUUUUCAAGCCAGGGGGGGGGUUCGUUUCGGCGGCGACGGCAGGGCAUGAGGGCGCGCGGAGCCCCACCCCGGUGAGGCUGCUACAGCCGUUGCGCCCCGCGUAUCCGUCCCCCACUCCAGGAAGGGGAGACAACGCCUCGGAUGAGGAAACCAACGACGACGACGAAGCGGCCAUGAGGCCUCAGACGCCUGGCCAACUUCUCUCGCCGCCCCCUUCUUGGAUCAGCCCUUCUUGUAGCAUGGAGUGGUCGCUGUUGACGUUGCCGGAGGAGGGGCUCGUGUCGGGCGCGGCGCGCCGUCGAUUUCACCUCGGCUGUCGGCUGAUGGCGGCAGGGGGGUGGGGAAGGGGAGGCGCGGCGGAGGCCACCCCGCCCCCUCCCCUCGAGGAGGCGGCAUGCACGCGGGAAACCCCCAUCAUCGCUGGCGAGGAGGGAUGCGAGCCAUCCCUGGGAUUCGAGUUCGACGGCUCCGCGGAUUCGGGGGGAUCUGUGGAAGUCGAGGAAAUCCCGGCGGACGCGGCGCCGCCCUCGCAGGCGGCGUCAUAUCAUCCUCACGAUCUAACGCCAACAAGAGCGGGAGACGGCUUGGAAGGAGGAGAGGAGGGUUCUCAGUCCACGAAGGUGUCGAACCAGCCGGGCAAUGCUGACAUCUUCAGCGUGUUUAAGAAGUCAAGAAGACUUGUUUCGUUUUUGUUCGAUACCAUCGUCGAUUACGCGCUAAACCACUGGUGCAGACAGGUUUAUAUCGUUUUCCAGGGGCCACAUGCUUCACAUUCACUCGGCACCGCAUCACGAGGCCACCAUGGGAGACGCCUUUCACCAUGUUCCGCCGGCCGGAACCACACGCACAAGCCAAAGAGUUCCCUUCACCUCUCCAAAAAGUCCUCCAUAGAGUCCGUGCCGCACAUGUAUUGGCCAUUUGCUCAAAUGAAGGAUUUUUUUCCGUUUUUCCAGACGUUGUUUUCUCCUCCUGAGGAGCACACAACUCCCCCCAGUGGUGCUCUGCCGGAAAGCGGCGGUGGUAGCCUCCUAGAUGCCACCUCCGCUUCCGACGAGUGCACCGUUACUGGGUAUUUUCCCUCCCUGUCAACGAGGCGUCAUUCGCGUGAGAGCACUAGUUUCCGUCAUGAUUCGCUUUCGGAAAAGUGGAAAUGGACAAUUGAUGCCUUUUCCUUUACUUUGCAUAGUAUGAUCAUAUUUUUGCUGUAG